AUGGCGACCAAUCAAGGUUGGACAGCCAGACGCUCAGCCGCGCUCUUGGAGCUGAUGGCGGAGUUCGGUGACCUACACAUCGUGGCGGGACGGGAGCAGGUUCCCGCCAGUCGCCUCCUCCUGGCUGCUGCCUGUCCCUCCCUGACUGUGGCGCUGAAGGCAUCGCCGCAGGCGCUGCACUGGGAGGUGUCACCAGAGGUGGCCCGGGCCAUCGUCGCAUUUUCAUGUGGAGUCCCCUCCCCCUUCGCAGGGCUUUCUGCUGAGGAUGGCCGCAUCGCUCGGUGUUUGCUCCGCACCGGCUCUCCCAAAGGUGGCAAUGGCACCAGAGAUGUCACAGCUACAGGGUACAUGUCCUGGAUGCUGUUGGCGGUUUGCGUGGCGAUGACCGCCUACUGGCCGUUGCGCGAGUUUAACAUGGAGACGGGUGGGUUCUUCAUGGACGAUGCAAUGAUUCGGAGAAACACGGUGGUGGUGGACAGUGUUUUUGAUCUGCGGAAGUUUUGGCGGACGGACUAUUGGGGCCUGGAGAUGUUCGACCCAGACACUUGGACCCACAAGUCCUUCCGGCCCUUCACCGUCUUGACUUUUCGAUGGAACUAUCUCUGGCAUGGCUUCAACAGCAGUGGUUUCCAUGUCACCAACGGCCUGCUCCACGGCCUUUGCUCCCUCCAGCUGGCCCUUUGGGUCCAUCGAGUGCUGCGUCUCCCGGCGCCUUGGGCCGGGCUGGUGGCCGCACUCUUUGCAGUGCACCCGGUGCAUAGCGAGAGCAUUUGCUACGUGGUUGGAAGAGCAGAUAUUCUUUGCGCACAGGUACUCCUAGUGGCCUUGCACUUCUACAGCUCGGUGCUCGUUAGGCCCACGUCCUCCGUGGCCGGAAUCGUUGCGGUGCUGCUGAGCUGUGCCCUGAUCGUGGUCGCAGGUCUCUGUAAAGAGACAGGCUUCACCUUCUUCGGAUUGUUGGUGAUUUGGGAGGUGCUUCACCUAACUCGCUCCGCAUGCAGAAACUGUGUGUCCUUCCUGCGAAUUGCCCUGCUGCUUCUGUUGGGUGCCAGCGCCUGUGCUUGCAGGGUUUGGUACACGUCUGGCACGCAGAUUGCUCGCAUGGACCCCUACAGCAACCCCAUUGCGGGCGUGGAAGAUCCAUUGGUUCGGGCGAUGUCCUAUGCCUUGGUGCAUGGAAUGUACAUCAAACUCUUGUUGUGGCCCCUCUUCCUUUGCUACGACUACUCCAUGGAUGCCGUUCCCUUGGUGGAAUCGUUGACGGAUGCGAGGCUUCUGUUGCCGCUUUCUGCCUACUUGGCCGUCGUCCUUGCCUCCUGCCAUGCACUCCAGCGCUUGCGGAGUGCCAAGGGCAGUGCUGCCACUGGAAGAGCAGAGGGUGCCAUUUUGGGCCUGGCCAUGUUCCUACUGAGUUUUCUACCCAUGACCAACAUCCUCUUCCCCAUUGGAACCUUGGUGGCUGAACGCUUGCUCUACAUCCCAUCGCUGGGUUUCCUACUCCUCCUGGUCUGCUUCCUCCGCGACGCUGGAGGAAGCGCUAUAUGCGGCACGACCUUCCGCGCCGCGGUGAUAUGGACGGCUGCUCUGGGUUUGGUGGGCUUUUGGUGGUGGCUAUGCUACUCCAGGGUCGCUGACUGGAAAACGGUGGAGCAGAUCACGCUGGUGGAUGGAUUGAAGCAAUUGAGGUCCUCGAGGACACAGUUUAACCUGGCCAAUCUCUAUUUGCAGUCCCAAAGAAUGGAUGAAGCUUUGCUGGCCUAUCGCCGCGCCAUCGCGGCUGAUCCCUUGGAACGGGAUGCCCAGCCGCUGUACCACGCGGGGCAGAUCCUGAUGUAUCAAGGGCAAUACGAAGAAGCCCAGGUGUAUUUGCACAAAGCCGUCACGGGGUACUUCAGCCCAUUGACCUUGCAGGAGGAGGAGGUGUGGCACGACUAUGGUUUAGUACUGUGGCAUGUGGGACGGCACAUGGAAGCAGCGCACAACUUUCAGAAUGCCAUCAUCACCAACCCGAACUUCCCCAAAGGACACAACAAUUUGGCGUGUGCACUGGUGAUGUUGGGACUCUCCAACCAACCCGUGAAUACUCAGCUGGUCCAGCAGGGCUUGCAAGCUGCCGAACAGGCCAUUACCCUGGCUCCGCAUGUGCCCUUGUACUGGCGCAAUGCUGCAGUGCUGUUGAGCUUGGCAGGCGAGCAAUCUGCCUUGGCUGCUUGGGAACGCUUCCGGCAGUAUGACCCCAAGACGGCGGCCGUGGAAGAGGUGGCCUGGCCCGAAAAUGUUCUGGGAGGGCCAUUGGGCGCCAUCAUUGGUGGCUACAAUGAAGAGGAUUGGCUCUACCAGGAGAUCUUUUCGAAAGAUCCCGGUCAAGCCUUAGAGGAGGCAUUUCAACUCCUCGGCUUUCCAUCCGACAUUGGCGACUGGUCUGGCUACAUGGUGGAGGAAAUCUCCUUGGCUUAUCGUCGCCAGUGUUUGCGCGGGCAUCCCAGUCGCGGAGGCUCCGCACGGAACUAUUUGAAGCUGCAGGUGGCCAUGGAACUCAUCCGCGCCUUCGACCAGGAGCAAUGCGUGGAGGCCGACGCCUCGCCGGAGCCGGAGGCCGCUUGGUCGCCCACGACGCGGCGCAAGCGCAAAGUCCAUGGCUUCGUCUUGGACGACUUGGCUCUGGUGAGAGAGCUGGAACUGUCGCAAACAGAGGCAGCCAUGGAGGCUGACACUUUGCCAGCUGAGCGACUGGAAGAGUUGAACCGGGCCUUGGACGAAUACAUCUUGAGACAGAUGUGUUUCAAGAGUGAGAUCGUGGCCGAGAUCGCUCGUCUCCACGAGAACUCGGCCUAUUCCAUUCUGGGGGUCUCGCCCGAAGCCUCCGACGCGGAAAUCAAAAAGGCAUAUCGGCUGGUGGCCAUGCAAUGUCAUCCCGACAAAGGCGGCGAUAAGGCCGAGUUUCAAGAGCUUCAUGAAGCAUAUGAAAAAAUCAUGGAGCAGCGACGAAGUUCGGCCAACUUAGCCAAGUCUGGUGGAGGUCCCAGCCCAGAAAGCUCAGCCGAAGCCGAGCCGCCCAGCGCAGAAGCAAACGCCGAAGACGCGAAGGCGGAGGAGGAAGAGGAGGUGGAUGGUGAGGAGGCAGAUGAGAAGGAGGAAAGCGAGGCUGAUGCGGAGGAGGACGGAGGUGAUUCCCAGCUCCUGGCGAAGUCAGGGAAAGCGGCGGAAGAAGCCUCUCGCUACGCCAAGACGGCCGCGGACUUCGCGCACCAGGCGGCCGAGGCGGCGGAGACGGCGCGGCAGGGCCGGCAGGGCGGCAACACGCUGCCGCUGACGAAGAGCAUCGCGCACAGCGCCAUCGUACUGACUCUUACGGUGGUCAAAGCCGUUCGCGUCGUUGGCUAUGCUACCAUGGACGUGGCUGCGCAGUGCCGCCUCGCAGCGAGGAAGUGUAGCUCCGCGGAGUGCGCGGAAAGCUCCACAGAAGCCAUGGGUUUGGGCCUUGAAGCUCUAAACGCCGCCCUGAGCUGCGCAGAGGUCACUGAAGUCACCGCCGCAGAGCUCAGCCGCGACGUCGACAGCGACGACAGCGAGGACGUGGCCGCCGAGCGCUUCAUCGGCGCGGCGGUUCGCGCCUCGCUGGCCGCGGCCAGCGCGUCCAAUGCUGCCAUGAGUGCAGCCAUUGCAGCAGUGGAGGGCAAUCGACAGUGCAUCCAGGCAGCUCAACCUGCUGAGGACGAAGAUCCCAAGCCUCAGGAGACAGAGGAGAAGUCUGUGAAGUCCGACGCGGAUGGUCACGAAACGGCCAGGUCGGAUCAGUCGGAACCCAAAGCCUCCGAAAGCCCGGAGGAGCAAGGCCUCAAGAGGCAAAUAAAUCAGAGAAGCAACAAUCACAAGGUGCUUUUGCGGCUCAACGCUGAAAUCCUACUGCAUCAGCAGAACGUGCGGCAGUUUCUGCAGGCGAAUCGACAAUUGAUCCCGGAGGUCUCCUGCGAAGCGAAAGGCAAAGUUCAGACGCUGUUGCGGGACUAUGCCCAUGAGGUGCAGCUGCAGCUACACAGCCUUCAUGGAGAGCUGGCUGAGGAAGUUGCCACAACCUUGAGCCAAUCCGGGCUUUUGGCUCCACUGCUCCAGCGACAAGUUCUGGCAAUUCCAGUGUGUCCAAAGGCGCGGGUCUUGAAGAUGGCGGCGCUGUAUGAUCUAGAGAUGACCUUCCAGGUCUUAGAGCAAGAGAUUUUUGAACCUGCACGGCAGAUGUUACUCCAGGCGAAUGCCUCCACACAGUGUUUGGAUGAGGUGACCGAGCGAAUCCAGAAGGAGCUCCAAAGCUAUACUGAUGGAGGCUGA